AUGGCUCUACCAAUCGAGAUCAUAGAAAUUGUCCUGUCAAAAUUAUCAGUUAAAACUCUUCUUCGAUUCAAAACAGUUUGCAAGUCAUGGAAUAUUCUGAUUUCAGAUCCUAUGUUCAUUCGUAAACAUCACGACCGACAGCUUCGAUCUAAGGGUUCGAAGAAGUCGGAGAAUCUUUUUCUAGUUAAGAAUUCACAAGGGUUUUCAUUGGUUAAAUUGGAGAAAGGUCGAAGAAUCCAAACUUUACAACAAGUGUUCGGCCCCUAUUUGUGGGUGACUGUCUUAUGCUUCUGCGAAGGGCUGAUACUCAUAUGCGACCUUUCAAAAGAGAAUUUCGCGUUGUGGAAUCCAUCCACUCGAACACACACAGUUUUUAAGCCCACGUUUUACUGCGUUAAUGCAGCUUUUGGGGUUUGCCAUGACCCAAUCACUGAUGAUUUUAAUGUUGUUAUCGCGAAAUCGUACAAUUACUCGGUUUAUUCUUGCAACAACAAAUCAUGGACAAUGCUGGAAAAAGAGUAUGAAACUAAGUACAAUGAUUACAGUGUAUCGUACGAAUUGGGGGUCUGUGUUGACGGGACUAGCUAUUGGGCUUCGGAGUGCAGCCCACAGAUAGUGUAUUAUGAUCCCAGAGAUGACAAGUUCAAGAUUUUGCACAUGCCCGAAAAUGUGGAUUACGACAAAUCGAUUUACUUGGUUGAUUUGAGUGGGUUUUUGUGCCUUUAUUACGAAGGUAGAGACAAGAAUACGAUCGUGAUUUGGACAAAGGAAAAGGGAAUCGACAUUCAUUCUUGGAACAAGUUGAUGACUAUUGAGAAUGUGGAAGAGCCACUUCGGUGGUUUAAGCCGAAAUGGUUGCUCGGAAACAAGAUUGUGAUUCGGAUAAAAGAAACGAAUCAUAGCGGCAGAUUAAUAGUAUACAGCCCUUGUAAGAAGAGGUUUCAAGAAUUUAAAGACACGAAGAUGGUUUUCGGGUGGCUUGGAUUUGUUCCGUAUAUGGAUACUCUGUUCUUCCCCGUUGAGAAAUCGGGUCGAAUCAUAACUGGUGAAUUUGGUUUUCCCAUUGAGAAAUCGAUACCGGAGAGGGAGAGAAAGAGGAAGAGAAAAUGUAUAGAAUAGAGUAUUGAUUUACUUUGCUUGAAUAGAUACAUAUUUAGUCUCUAUUUGCAUAUCUAUUUUUAGGAUCUAAAUUCGGUGUAACAUAUUUUAAUUUUGCAUCGAUUGAUGUUUUGCUCGUGAUUACUUGUUUUUUUUUUAAUUUAACCAUUUCAGUUAUUUUUUAUGAGGGAGCUGAGCAUGGUUCGUUACCGUCGUUCCAGUUGCAAUCGCGGUUGCGAACGGACUCAAAAUGUGAAAAAAUAGUUAUUUUUUCUCUGAAAAGCUCUGUUUUUAAUGUGGGGAAGAUAUUUUCUUGGAUUUUCAAGGUUGUUGAUGGGUUUUGCAGAAGAAUAGUGAGAUUGAAUCUUAGCUCCAAACCGAUCUGAAUUUCGUCGAAGAAAAUGUUGGAGUGAUGGGGCGAAGCGGAGGCUGAGGAUAUGGAUGGAGGUGAGGCCGGAGAGAGUGUUUGCCGGAAGGAGCUGCGAUGAGCUAUGUUCAGUGUAUUUUUGGAAAAUUUCAAUUCAGUCCCCGACUUAAGGAAGAAGUGGGCCUUUCUGAAACUUCAAGGGACUGAAUUGAAAAAAAUUGAAAACUUUAUUUGGGACUUAUUUAUGAAAUUUAUAAUUUAAAGGGUAUUUUGGUCUUUUCACACAAAAAUGGAACCCAAAUCGGAUAUUUGGCGAGUGUUUCACGUAACCAGCUCGUAGCGGCCUUACUGUCAUCGACUAUGCAACACAGAGGUAUGUUCUAAU